AUGCCCAAGGAACAGAGAGUUGCGGCAACCGAGCCGGCGCAGGAGAUGACCGACGCGCCCGCAGCUGCGCUGAAGUUGCGCGAGGGUUUCGCCUGGCAGUGCCGGCUCGUCAAGGCCCUGCAGGGGUACGCCGAGAAGGCCGCCGAUGCGUUCGAGGCUCUAGCGUUCGUGCACGAAGUGCUGGACGAGGGCGGCAUCGCCAAGGUCCUCGACGCCGCCCCGCUGGCGCAUGACCUGCUGCGCGGCUUCCGCGAGGCGGGCGCCGCCGCCCGCGGCGCCGCGGGAGCCUCGCGCGAGCUGCUGGAGACCCACAGGGCGUCGCUGGACGCCUGCGCGGGGCUGCUUCGCGAGGCGGACGCGGCCGACGCAGCGCUGAAGGCAGCCAGCGCUGGGGGCCCCGCGGUGCUUGCAAGGAACAGCGAGAAGGUGCAGAAGGCCACGACUCGCGCAGCCAUGGCCAGGGACAGCGCCAACAACGCUCUGCAGGCGUGCGCAGGGCGGAAGCGGAAUCUCUGCCAGCUUGCAGUGGGGUCGGUCGCCGCAGUGGCAAAGGCGGUGCGGUACGCUGCGGCCGCGGUAUCCACGGAGUCCACGCCGUCCAAGCUCUGUUCGAAGCAGAGCACGAAGCGACUCAUCUCUCGGCAGCCCUCGGACAACUUGACGGCUCCUUCGCGGCAGCACCUGGGCGUUUCACAGAUUGCGGACCAGGGACCAGGUCGUGACACUGGCAGCGGCAUCGGGCAGAGCAUCAGCCCAGCGGCGCCCGACCAGUUCUGCGAGGAGGGCGGCCGAGAUCGCCGUGACACAGAGGCUGGGGGCGGAAGCCCACCGGCGCUGAGCCUGAUCGAACUCGACCUGGACCUCCUGUCAAAUGAGGGGCCCGCGCAGUGCAAAGUGUCAAGGAGCUACAGCGAUUUCUCCAGCUCGACCGCCACGGGAGGGGCCUUCUCCCUCACCAGGCUGCGGGGCUACUCGUCCGAGAACUCCUGGGGGAGCACCUGCUGGAGCAGCGGUGGGUUGCUUGCCGCGCUCGCCCCGAGCAAGGACAGGGCCCUCCGCUCGUGA